CACCAGGCUGCGCCACGAUCCUACAUUUGUGAUUAGGUUGAAAAAAGGACAAGUCGUCCAAACACAAAGAAAAACUCCUGGUGAUGCAUCUGAGUUCCAUGUGACAGCUUUGGGUUACAUAAAAAAGAUGGCGUUUAUUAAAGAGGAGAGUGAAGAUGUGAAGAUUGAAGAAGCAUUCAGAGUGAAACAAGAAGAUACUGAGACACAAACAGACCUAAUGGCACUGAAAAAGGAAAGCCAAGAACUGAAUAAAAUGGAAGAGAAUCAGUAUGACAAACAUCAGGAUUUUAUUACUGGAGAACAGUCUGGACAGAAUGAAAAGCUCUCCUCGCAAAAAAGAGGUCAAAAGACCGACUCUACCAGUUUCUUCACUUGCUGCGAGUGUGGAAAGAGAUUCAAUCAAAAACAAAACCUUGAAGUCCACAUGAGAAUUCACAAUGGAGAAAAGCCUUUCAGCUGCCAACAGUGUGGAAAGAGUUUCACUCAAAAACAAAACCUUAAAGUCCACAUGAGAGUUCACACUGGAGAAAAGCCUUAUACUUGCACUCAAUGUGGACAGAGCUUUACACAUAAAGGAAACCUCAAUGCCCACAUGAGAGGUCACACUGGAGAAAGUCCUUACACCUGUAGACUGUGUGAGAAGAGCUUCUCACGAAAAGAAAGUCUUAAGACUCACAUGCGAAUUCACACUGGAGAGAAGCCGUUCAUAUGUGGUCAGUGUGGAAAGAGUUUCAGAUGUAAAGAAAACCUUAACUGCCACAUGAGGAUUCACUCAAGAGAGAACUGUUUUAUAUGUCAUCAGUGUGGAAAGAGUUUCCCAGACAGGAACCACCUUAGAAAUCAUGUAAUAACUCACAUCGGAGAGAAGCCUUUCAUGUGCCAUCACUGUGGAAAAACUUGCACAAACAAAGCUAUCCUUGAGAUUCACUUAAGAGUUCACACUGGAGAGAGGCCUUUCACCUGCCCUCAGUGUGGAAAGAGUUUCACAAAUAAAGGAAACCUUAACAUUCACAUGAGGCUCCACACUGGAGAGAAGCCUAUUACAUGUCUUCAAUGUGGAAAGUGUUUCACAUAUCACACAGACCUGAAACGUCAUUCACAAACUCAUUCUGGAAAGAAACUGUAGUAUUUCUUAGUGCUGCAAGAGGUUUACAAAACAGUUUCAGUUUGAAAUGCCACCAGAAAAAUAUGCGUCUGAGUAAAAAUUCACUUUAAUACUCCUGAAUCAACGCGUUAGAUAACAUUCAUCUUGCUUUGAAAUUCCACAAUGUAAAUAAAUAAAAAAAUAUAUAUAUAAACAAAGGAUAUAAGCUAAACGGUUUAUGUUGCUGCCUUAUGCUUAAAUGCUUUAACUAUGGUACUAGAAUAUUUACAAAAUUAGUAUUUACAAAAUAUUAUUAACAAAUCUAUAAGCUAAGACAGAAGAAGAACAACAUGUCCAGAUGUCCACCCCUCUGGCAGCAGUGAAGUCCUUCAGGUUGUACCAUCUCUCUGGACUUGAAGUGGAUCAAUCAAAUUGCCCAUCUGAGGAAUUUAAACCUGCCACAGGAGCUGCUGAUGCAUUUCUUCUCAGCUGUCAUAAAGUUCUGCACUUCUAUAACAGUUGUUUUGGUCAGCUACCAAAUCAGACGUCAGAGAACAACUUUGUACUACUGAGAGAAGUAUGAGAGGUCCCCUGUCUAUCCUUCAAGAACUAUAUACGUUGAGAUUGGAAAAAAAAAGACUUUUGUUGUUUGGUGGGCACAACGUCGCUGAACACUAUAACAGCCAGGCACAAGAAAUUAUUUCCCCUGGGCAAUUUUCCUCAUGAACAGUCAAAAUGCCUUGCUUGCCUUGUGCAAUAAAAACUAUGUGCAAUAUCUAAUAUUUAACAAAACUACCUCUUCUUAUUCUAUUCCCUGUAUAACUUUAUUUGUAUAUAGCACAUUUGUACAUACAAGGUUUGCUGUGAAAAAAGGCCUGUAUAUUUGCAAACAGCAAUAUGCAUAUUCAUAACACAAAUUAAUGUGCACAAAAUAUAAUUUUUUUUAAACAAUCGGAUUUACAUUUACAAAAUAUGAUUCCCAAAUGCUAAACACAAAGUAUGUUUGCACAUUUCUGCAGUGUUUCUGCAUGUAUGGAUUGAAUCUGCUUUUGCAAGUCAUUGUGUACAUUUAUCCCCUACUGUAAAUUUGAGGUACUUAAAUAUAUUUAAUGCAAUUUUAUACUUGUAAUUAACUACAUCUCAAAGGCAAAUUUUGUACUUUUUACUCUACACUUAUCUGAGAACUUAUGUUACUACUAUUGCGAUUAAUUGUAUCUAAAAUAAAAGUUUG